AUGGAGAAACAAAUAAACAAAAUGAAGGAGACUGUGGAAGAAAAUACGGAACAUCUGAGAAACAUGAUAGAAAAUGUGAAGAAAGAAUCACUUGACGAAAUAGAUUAUCUAGAAAAGACUUCCCUGCAUGCUUUUGAUGACCAAAGAGAAAUCCUGGAUAUCCACAUCCAAAAUCAUAAUGAAACUGUUGGUGAAUUUGAUGAUCUUAAACAUUGUACAACCCCCGAAUCUGUCAUUGAAUUCCACAAAAAAAUUGUAUCUAAACAACUCCAUACACCUGAUAUAGUUAAACUCAGACUUCCUUCAUUCAAGUCUGAAUCUUGUAUAGACAACAAGAACGUUCAAAAGUACGUAGGAAAAAUCACGAAUACUGAACCUUACACUGAAUACAUAAGAGUUAGCCAAGACCACAAAAUAAACUUCGGAUGUGAGAAAGAAGCAAACUGUAUUCGAAAAAUUGUUGUAAACAGUAAUCCAGGUCUUCAGGGUUGCCGUCACAUCUCUCUCGCAGACGAUGACCAUUUUUGGGUCAGUGAUUACUAUGGCAAUCUAAUGCUCGCUGAUUUAGAUGGACAUGUCAACAAAAUUGAAAUAACCAAAGACAAAUGUUCAGGAUUUUACACUGUUGCAGCAAAUGGAGAUUUAUUUUGUGUCAACGAAAGGAAGAAAAAAAUACUGCGAAUGGUUAAAGAUAAUGACUUUGAUCCAGAUCAAAAACCAUUCAUUUCUAAUGCGACUUGGAAACCUGUGAGCAUAUAUUGUUCUAAAUAUUCAGGUGAAAUAUUAAUUGGAUCAUUAAAAGACAAGAGUCUGGACGCACGGGUAACCCGAUUUGACAAAGCUGGAAAACAAAUUCAGCAAAUCAUGUCUCCAGAUUAUAUCGUUCCUCAUUAUGUGACUGAGAAUUAUAAUGGGGAUAUAUGUGUCUCAGACUGGGAAAGGUGCGCGGUCAUCGUUCAUAACAAACUUGGUAAGCACCGGUUUACACACACCGGGCCCCUUAGGAAAUGUUACCCAAGUGGUAUCUGCUGUGAUCUACUUCUCAAUAUCAUAGUAUAUGAUGGAUACAGUAAAUCGGUUCUUAUUAUAGAUUGCGAUGGAAGAUUUCUAUCCACUCUCAUAAAUUUACAGUCUGAUUGGACAGGUUUGUUGUGGCAUACAAGAGGACUUGCUAUAGACAUUCAACAUAAUCUCUGGGUCGGUGAAAGUCAUUCCAAUACAAUCAAAAUUUAUUCAUAUCUCAAUAAAACCCAAGAUUCCUCCGUCUAA